CGCGCUCGCUCGCAGAGUGUCUGCUGUCGCCAUCGCCCAAAAAGCUCCAAUAACGCUGCUGUUCGAUUGCCGUCGACGGUAUCUCGACUCAUUGUCUGCCUUCGCCAUCGCCAUCGCCAUCGCCAUCGCCGUCUUCGUCUUCUUCUUUUUGCUUUGAGUUGUCGUCACAUCUUAUCAUCAUGGCCCCUGUGUUGGAGGAUCCGAAUCCGUACUUCAAUGUGAAGGAUUGGGGUCGUUCUCGCGGGGGGGACUUCGGCUUCAGCAGCGCGGCUCCAGUGAGUACCAAGUAUGAAGCCUUGUUUCUGCUCCAGGUGCAUUGCGAUCCCCAAUACGUUCUUUCCGUCAAUAAGGAUGACCCACGUGGGCCGCUUGUUGUCCUGGCAAACAAGGGGAAGCCCGCUCAGAUAUGGAAGAAGGUCGACUAUGGAAGUUCCUUUGCGCUUGUGAACAAGAAGACAGGUGUUGCACUACAGGCAAAUGGAGAUGGAGCCAACUUGUCAUCAUCGAAGUCCCAGAUCCGUGGUAACCCAUCCCCAUCUCAACUCUUCCAGUUUGGUAAUCACAUAGGGGAGGGGUAUGUUCCCAUCCACUGUGCAGAUGACAGGAAUCUGGUCAUCAGUCUCAGCAAGGAGAAUGCUGCUAAUCUUGUCGAAGUCAAGUGUGAAAGAUGGCGAACGGGACUGCAUCAGACAUGGAGGUUGAUCCCUGCAGGGGUGGUGUAUACAAUCCGCCCGAAGAUGGACAUUGCAUACGGACUGUCGACGGAGAAGAAUAAUGCUCGUGGAAGUGUGGUCAUCAACAAAAUUCAGGAGUCCAGUGACCAUUUCACAACGUGGUAUAUUGAGCCGCUUGGAGGAAAUGAGGUGAAACUGAUUAACAGUGCAAGUGGUUUUGCUGCUAAACGGCGUGGACCUCGCAUGCAGAUUGAGCAAGCAGAGCCCUCUUCACAAGGCCGCGACCAUGUCUGGAUCAUUGGUGACGACACAGGGGCUGGAUUUUUCCCACUUCAUCCGGCUACAUCACCUGAAGAAAGUGCGGAUGUGAAUGGGAGUGUUGCGCAUGAUGGAUGUAAAGUCCGCACCGUGGCAUACGGUCAAGGUGACGACCAGAUAUGGGGAUUCUUCGCACUGCAUGCAGAUGUUCCUACUGACCCUCUGGGGCGUCGCUCUGCGGCGAAGACUACUGCCUCUGCCCCUGCUGUUGCGGGCAACGCUGGCGAUUUUACUGGCUAUGGCGGAACGGCCAAGCCUGGCUAUGGUGGAGAUGCCCAACCUGGCUAUGGGGGAACGGCCCAGCCUGGCUAUGGGGGAACAGCCAAGCCUGUCUAUGGCGGAACGGCCAAGCCUGGCUAUGGUGGCCACAGCCCGCCUGCUUAUGGCAGUCUGGCUAUGGGGAUGAUAGCCAGCCUGGCUAUGGUGGUGAUAGCCAGNCUGGCUAUGGGGAUGAUAGCCAGCCUGGCUAUGGUGGUGAUAGCCAGCCUGGUUAUGGUGGCCGCAGGCAGUCUGGCUAUGGGGAUGAUAGCCAGUCUGGCUAUCGUGGUGAUAGCCAGUCUGGCUAUGGUGGUCGUACGCAAUGUGGGUAUGGGGAUCACAGCCAGUCUGGGCAUGGGGAUGAUAGCCAGUCUGGCUAUGGUGGCCGUAGGCAGUCUGGCCAGUCUGGCUAUGGUGGUGAUAGCCAGUCUGGCUAUGGUGGCCGUAGGCAGUCUGGCUAUGGGGACGAAAGCAAGUCUGGCCAUGGUGGCAAGCGGGAAUCUCGCUCUGGUUAUAACCGCCGUGGAAAAAGCGGAUCAGGUUCAGAUGAUUGAUUAAAAAAAGAAAAGAAAAGGAUAACCUUUUAACUUAUUGGACCUAUUUGAAUGUUUUCACAGUAUAUAUUUUAUUUAUAUAUACAUAUAGACUUAUCGUCAGCCCAAAUGAAUCGUAUCUGUUUAUCAAUCAGAAGAGAGCUUCAGGAAAUUCUUUCAUGGAGGCUUCUGCAUCGUGCAAGGAGGAAAAAAAGCUGGGGGAGGGAGGAUGGUAGAAAUGAAGCAGCCAAGGGAUGAAAGGUAGGUGGCAGAUGAUUGAUUGAAUCAUGAUAUAUUGGUACCCAGAGAUCAUCAGGAUACCCUUUUUUUGCCAUCAAAAACGUUUUUCAAAGUACUUACCGACAGUCAAAACGUUUUUAGUAACUUUUACCCUUUGAUGGCAAAAAAAGGGUCUGCACUUAUCAAUCAGAAGACCAAUUCAGGAAGUUUACCCAUGGAGGCUUUUUUAUCUAUCAUGCGAGGAAUGGGUGUGGGAAGGGGGGGGGGGGAUGGACACAAGCAGAACAGGAAACCAGUCGAUGCGCCAGCUUCCUUGUACUUGGUACGAAAACUUCAAAUGAGGGCUGCCUCAGGGCGUUUGGCAUGGAUACGAGCAGAACAGGAAACCGGUCGAUGCGGAAUGGAAAUUGCUUAGAUCGACGACCAAGCUCCGCUGUAUUCGAAGCACAAUCGAAAUUUCUUAGCCACAGAGAAGUGGAGCAUGAGGUACCAAAUUUGUUGAAGUUGCCAAGAGAGCGCCACAGCUACCCUCCCGCCGCGAUUGGAAGAAAUGUGGAGCUGCUCGGCAUGGCUCUCGGCUUCUUGGGAGAGAGAGAGAGAGGGGUUAUAUGUGACGAGUCUGAUGACCUAGUCGUUGUGUUGUUACUUAGCAACUUCCAAGUGUCCCCGGACUCGUCUGAUUUUCUGUGACUUCCAAGUGUCCCCGGAGUAGUCUGAUUUUCUGCGACAUCCAAGUGUCCACGGACUCGUCUGAUUUUCUUCUCAAGCCCGCUGGCAAACUUUCGAUGGUGUUUUUGAUGAUGUUUUUGAUGAUGUUUUUGAUGAUGUUUUCGAUGAUGUUUUCGAUGAUGAUUUGCUGUUUUGUCCCUGAAGGAGAGUCUUCAAUUUUGUUUCUGAACCUCCUGGUUGAAACUCUGCCAUUUUGUCUUUUAUCUACCGGCGUGUACUCGGCUCUGCGAUCAUUCAGUUGGCAUGUACGGAGCAGAGAAAAUGUUCCAAGUGGUUAGCGUACGGAGCACAUGCGAACAAGUAUGAUAUGUCUGUUGGUGUGGCGUAGGAGGAGGAGGGGGCAUAGGCGGGACGCCGUUUUUGCUAAUAAUGGAAGCCUGUGGUGUAGGCAAAGUACAUACCAGUGAUUACGCAUGAUUACAGAGAGGUGGAGUUUGUUGGUCCCCCCUCUAGACCAACAAACUCGUGAAUUAAGCAUGAGGUCAUGGGUAGGUUCUCACUGCAGAUGCUUAUGGACCUUGGGGGAAUGGACUCCAAGGGAACCUUUUGCAAUUAUAACUUUGAGUAAGAAUGUUGAGGUCUUUGUUUUCAUGAGGGGGGGGGGGGGGGGGGGGGGGGGGGGGGGGGGAGGAGGUCUGUGCUCAGGUGUGUGGGUCUGUGUUUGGGUGUGUUGUAGAUUUUCACCACAACUGCCCCUGUUCUACCGAGAGAUGAGUACCUCGCAAACUCAAAUCAGCUUUAACUCUAGUGUUGCAGAUAAUGAAGCACACUUGACAUGGGCCAAUACAAGGAUGAAACAGUUGAGAUGAACCAAUACAAGUUAUACGACCAUGAAACAGUUUAGGUCUAAAAGCUCUUUAGCAAGCAACAAAAUGGGGCGGAAUAG